CUCGUUGGAGAGAAGAUGGAGGGCCGGAACAGCGCCAUCUCCGCCGGUGUGUGCAGGGCCCUUUUCAUUGGGUACUGCAUUUACUUCGACCGCAGGAGAUGGAGUGACCCCAACUUCAAGAACAGGCUUCGAGAACGAAGAAAGAAACAGAAGUUUGCCAAAGAGAGAGCUGGACUUUCCAAGUUACCUGACCUUAAAGAUGCUGAAGCCGUUCCGAAAUUCUUCCUUGAAGAAAUACAGCUUUGUGAAGAGCUACUAGCUCAAGGUGAAUAUGAGAAGAGUGUGGACCAUUUGACAAAUGCAAUUGCUGUGUGUGGACAGCCACAGUAGUUACUGCAAGUGUGGCAGCAAACUCUUCCACCACCAGUGUUCCAGAGGCUUCUGACUAAGCUCCCAACAAUUAGUCAGAGAAUUGUAAGUGCUCAGAGCUUGGCUGAAGAUGAUGUGGAAUGAGAAACAAAUGUCAACAUGAUAAUCUCAAUUUAAAAAUAUUUUUAAAAUCUUAACUUGGAAGAUGAUCAGCUCUGGGGGAGUAAGGGCAAAUAAGCUUGUUAUGGACUGUCCUCCACUGAAAUUUACCAAAGUUAAUUUUUACUUUGUGUAGAUCCAUUUGUCUGUUUUAUUUAUUUUUCCCAGUGAAAAGUGUAUUUUGAUAGAGGUUUUCAUUUUAUAAAUACACUAUCAGUUACUGAAA